UGCACUUUUAAUUUCUCGAUACAGCAGCUGUAAGUUGGAUUGGUGGAUUGUUUGGAGCAACAACCAUCGAUGGAAGCACGUCCGACUAGGACACUUCGGAAGCGUCCGAGGUCGUUCACGGGACCAAACACUAGUGUCCACCGGGUGACCUUUUUCGUUGCCCUGUUUGUACUGCGGUAAGAUCUGUCAGACGCGGAUCCUUGUGCGCUAUCACGAGCGAAGGAUGACGGCCGACUCUUUGCCGAGAAGCACUAACUCAAGAAGCACGUCCGCCUGAUGCACGAAAAGAUUCGUGAGUACGAGUGCCACCUGUGCCACAAGAACUUCUCCUCGCUAAACACGGUCCACACCCACAUCCGGACGAUGCACUCGAACAUCGAGUACAACUGUGUGUACUGCUUACACAUCCAAGCUGUCCCUGCGCUACCACAAGAAGAAGCCAAAACUACCAGACGACCCAGAAGUGGACCAAAAACUACACCGUUCUUGAGCCCAAACCCGGCGUCAAGGAGAGCGCCCAGCACAUGAAGCUAUGCAACAUUUGCGGAGCCGUCGUGCAGCAAGCCUGCACACACCUCAGCAACACUAACUUCCCCAAGGAAUUUUGCUGCACGCUGUGUGAAGCGGUGUUCAAGCACAGAGAAACGUACGAAUCUCACGUGAUGGAGCACGAGCACGGCAAAUGACUCGUCCGCCAGGAUGAUGAAUUAGUCAAGCAACGAAAGGGCCAUGAAGGACGACACUUUGUAGCCGCGUAAGUAGUACAACACUUGAUAAAUCAAACAACUUUUUUUAUGUUCUAUGUGAAACCGAUUUUUGUAACAGAUUUCCCUUAUCUUGCAGCGCAUUCCUAAUGCUCGAUCCAGCCCAGCUAAACAUUUGUUGUUGUCGACCCACUUUGUCGAGGAUCAGGUCGCGGGAGAUGGCAUGGACGAGCAUCUGCACCUCAACCUUGGAUGCAGCAUGGGCGGACGCCGUUGAUCAUCAGCUGACUGCCUUCCGCCAGGUGAGUACAUUCCGUAUAGUUAAAAUCACCGAAUUUUCUUUUUUUUCCUAAACAUUUUGUUGUACUUUGCUCCGUUGAAUCUAUAGUCCGGUGUAGUUUCGAAUCACUUUGUUUAUGUUUCGUAGUUCAGAAAGAUUUUUUUUAUUCAAUCGAUGUUUGUCCAAAAAUGAAUUUAAAUUUUUAUCAAUCUGAACUACGAUCUUCAAAGGACUUUGAAAUUUACAUCGGAUUCAAGAUUCAGCGGAGCAAAAUUUUUUUUUGGAUUGGUAAAUUUACGUAUAUUUCAUCGGAAAUUUACAUGACUUGGAAAUAUUUUGUCUUGGCCCGUUUACAUCGGAUGGCAUUUAAAUUUACAAUGAAGUUAAUGUAAAUUCGCAUCAUUAAUGACGUGCACUUUUGGUACAUCAUAAAUGAUGUAAAUUUACCAGAUUUUUUUUUU